CCCUCCCUCUCUCUCAAGGGCACCUCGUCUUCGUUUCUGAGUUUUCAGUCCUUUGGCUUUGCAUGCAUUUUCUUGGGAUUCUGUGCUCAGUUUCUGCCCUGCAGCUCCUUGAAUCCCCGUUAGAUCGAUCCCCAGAAACAGACGGCAAAGAUCAACGUAACUUUCAUAUAAGAAACUUAAAAAGAUAGCAAUGAUGGUGAUAGUUUAGUACCUUUCACAUCACCUCUUAUAUUUACUCUUUUUGGCAUCCUUUUCUUGAUCUUGACAAUCUUAUAAAAUACAAAUACUAUACCACUCACAAUUUUCAUGGCUGCUGUCAUCGGCGCCCUCUUAUUAUUCCACUUCAUGCCUCUCUUCUUUCCCCUUUAGCCCUUCAUUUUUUCCCAUCACUUUCCCUUGAAAAUCCAAGAAAACGAAAACUCUUUACAAGAAAGGGAAAGCCAAACGUUGGUUCAAAAUGAGUGAGAGUUUUUCUGAUUUUCUCGAAGAAGUACAAACUGAAUUUGGCGACACUAGCUUUGAUGGAGAUGAUCUGUUUGCUAUUUUUGAGAGUUUAGACAGUGUAACAGAUUUUCCGCCAGUGAUUCCAUUAGAUGAAGUUGUUGCUAGCUCAAAAGAAAGCGAAGAAACGAGGCGGUUAGUCUCACAAAAGUCUUCAUCUUCUAGUGUUUUGCAAGAUUUUGAUGAGACCAAUAAUGAGCUUGAAACUUCAUCAAAAAGUAAGAGACAAAAGAUUGCAGCUUCAGCAGCAACCAUAGCUUCUUCAGAUCAGGAAGUGAACCCAGAUGGGCAGCAACGUAUAUCUCAUAUUACAGUGGAACGGAACCGGAGAAAGCAAAUGAAUGAGCACUUGUCCGUGUUAAGGUCCCUCAUGCCUUGCUUCUAUGUCAAAAGAGGAGACCAAGCAUCAAUAAUUGGAGGAGUUGUUGAUUACAUCAAUGAGUUGCAACAAGUUCUGCAAUCUCUUGAAGCCAAGAAGCAAAGGAAAGUUUAUAGUGAAGUUCUUAGCCCUAGGAUCGUUUCAAGUCCAAGACUUCCACUUAGCCCUAGAAAACCACCAAUAAGUCCUAGACUUAAUUUGCCCAAUAGUCCAAGAACGCCACAACCAUGUAGCCCUUACAAGCCAAGAUUGCAACAAGGUUACAUUUCUCCUGCCAUGGCCAACUCACUCGAACCAUCUCCAACUUCUUCUUCUUCCUCCUCCAUUAAUGACAACAUUAACGAACUCAUCGCGAAUUCUAAGUCAGCAAUUGCUGAUGUUGAGGUUAAGUUCUCAGGUCCAAAUGUUCUAUUGAAGACUGUAUCUCCUCGGAUUCCUGGUCAAGCUGUGAAAAUAGUCUCUGCCCUUGAAGACCUUGCCCUCGAGAUUCUAAAUGUGAGCAUUAGCACAGUAGAUCAUGAAACUAUGCUCAAUUCCUUCACAAUCAAGAUUGGAAUUGAAUGCCAGCUUAGUGCCGAGGAUCUUGCUCAACAAAUCCAGCAAACAUUCUGCUAGCUAGCGUCCCCCAAACCCCAACCUAGCAACUCUUCAUCUCCUUCUUUAGAAGGGCAGCAAUGAAGAAGUUGAGGAGGGCAUUUAGCAGCAUUCCUACAUAAUUAACUAAUGUAAUUGUAGAGAGAAGUCAUGACUUGUUGUAGCUGGCUAGCUAGGAUAUGACCUUUGUAUUGCUUGAGCGUUCUCAAUUUCUCGAACUUAAUUUAUUUCAUUGUGCAAAUUCAAUUUC